AUGUAUCCUAUCGGCAAAUUCCUUGAGCAACCUGAUGCACCAAGAGAAAUGGGCGUUCUUCAACCUCCGGCAUUGCAACCACAACUUGUUGAUGUACCAUUAUUCAAUCCUCCAUGCCGACCAAAUUUAGGACGAGAAGGCCUACCAAUUGGGCUCCGUGCUAAUCAUUUUCAAGUAUCAAUGUCACGUCGUUAUGUACAACAUUAUGACAUCUAUAUUAAACCAGAAAAUUGUCCACCAAGAGUCAAUCAUGAAGUUAUUAAAAUUAUGGUUCAUGCUUACACUAAACUUUUUGGUAAUCUUCGUCCUGCAUAUGAUGGUCGCAAAAACUUAUAUACAAGAGAUCCAUUGCCUAUUGGAAGGAAACAAGAGGAAUUAGAAGUUACAUUGUCCUGUCAAGGUAAAGAUAGAGUAUUCCAUGUUUAUAUUAAAUGGAGAGGUCAAAUAUCAUUAUUUGAUUUGGAAGAAGCAUUACAAGGCCGCAGAAGACCAAUACCAUAUGGUGCUAUUUCGACCUUAGAUGUUGUCAUGCGACAUCUUCCAUCAAUGACUUACACAUCAGUUGGCCGGUCAUUUUUUUUUCCACCUGAAGGACAUUAUCAUCCAUUAGGUGGCGGUAGAGAAGUUUGGUAUGGUUUUCACCAGUCAUUGAAGCCAUCUAAAUGGAAAAUGAUGCUUAAUUUCGAUGUGUCAGCAUCAGCUUUUUACAAAUCACAACAAGUACUACAUUUCAUGUGUGAUGUGUUGGGUAUUAGAGAUAUCAGUGACCAAAAAAUACCAUUAACAGAUUCACAAAGAAUUAAAUUUACAAGAGAAAUUAAAGGUAUUAAAAUAGAGACUACACAUCGUGGAGAAUUUCGAAAGAAAUAUGUAGUUCGUAAUGUUACAAGAAGAUCAGCUCAAAUGCAAACUUUUCCACUGCAAAUUGAAAAGAACUACAGUGUAGAAUGCACAGUAGCUAAAUAUUUCUUAGACAAAUACGACAUAAAACUAUGUUAUCCAAAUUUACCAUGUAUUCAAGUUGGAGAGGAACAUAAACAUACAUAUCUUCCUUUGGAGAUCUGUAACAUAGUUAAGAGUCAACGGUGUGUUAGAAAAUUAACUGACAGGGAAACAUCAACUAUGAUUAAGAAAACUAUAAGAACUGCUCCUGAACGUGAACAAGAUAUUAAUUCCUUAGUUCGUAAAGCUGAUUUUCAUAAUGAUCCAUAUUUAAAAGAAUUUGGUCUUACUAUAUCAAACAGCAUGAUAGAAUUGAGUGGUCGUGUUUUACCACCACCAAAAUUACAAUAUGGUGGACCAAGUCUACCUAAUCAGAAAAUAUUAAAUGUCCAACAAACUAAACAACAAACAUUACCUAAUCACGGAGUUUGGGAUAUGAGGGAUAAACAGUUCUUUAUAGGUGUCAAAAUUAGUAAUUGGGCAAUAGCUUCAUUUGCACCACAGAGAACUGUGCGUGAAGACGCUUUAAAAAAUUUUACAAAACAACUUCGAAAGAUUAGCGAUGAUGCUGGCAUGCCAAUUAACGAGCCAUGUUUUUGUAAAUAUAUCAACGGACCUGACCAAGUACAACCUAUGUUCAAUUUUUUAUUAACAAAAUUCACUGAAUUACAACUUAUAGUUGUUAUUUUACCAGGGAAAACUCCAAUAUAUGCUGAAGUCAAAAAAGUCGGGGACACUAUUCUAGGAAUGGCUACACAAUGUAUUCAAGCAAAAAAUGUUAAUAAACCAUCAACUCAAGCAUUAUCCAAUUUAUGUUUAAAGAUCAAUGUGAAAUUGGGUGGUAUCAAUACUAUUCUUGUACCAAGCGUCAGACCUAAAGUGUUCAAUGAACCAUUGAUUAUUUUGGGUGCAGAUGUAACUCACCCACCUUCAAAUGAUAAUAAAAAACCAUCGAUUGCAGCAAUAGUAGGAUCUAUGGAUGCACAUCCCAAUCGUUAUGCCGCUAUGGUACGUCUCCAACAACCCGGACAAGAAAUCAUUCAAGAACUUAGUUCUAUGGUCAAGGAACUCCUAAUCAUGUUUUACAAGAGUACUAGAGGUUAUAAACCUCAUAGAAUUAUAUUAUACCGUGAUGGAGUAUCUGAAGGACAGCUUUCUAAUGUCUUACACCAUGAACUUUUGGCUAUUCGAGAGGCAUGUAUAAAUUUGGAAGGUGAUUACAAACCAGGAAUCACUUUUAUUACUGUUCAAAAACGUCAUCACACCAGAUUUUUCUGUACUGAUGAAACGGAACAAUGUGGAAAAUCUGGAAAUAUUCCAGCUGGUACAACAGUUGAUAUUGGAAUAACACAUCCUACAGAAUUUGAUUUUUACUUAUGUAGUCAACAAGGAAUUCAGGGAACUAGUCGGCCAAGUCAUUAUCAUGUUCUAUGGGAUGACAACAAUUUUGAGUCAGAUGAAUUACAACGCCUAACAUACCAAUUGUGUCACACUUAUGUCAGAUGUACACGUUCUGUAUCUAUACCUGCACCGGCCUAUUAUGCUCACUUAGUUGCACAUAGAGCUAAAUAUCACAUUGUCGAAAAAGAACAUGACAGUAUUGAAGGAUCACAUGAAACAUUCUGUAGUGAAGAUCAAACACUAGACGCUAUGGUACGAGCUAUUACAGUACAUCCCAAUGCAAAUAAAGUUAUGUAUUUUACUUAA